AUGCAGUUGAAGAAUGCAAGCGCCACCCCCGGACAAAACGACCCCAAUUCAACCCACCGGAGACUUUCCAGCCCCGACUUGCGGAGCGUUCACGAUCGAGGGCUUCAUCGAGACAUGGCCAGCCGGGCGGGGGAGUGA